GCAGAGCCUCCUCCGGUGUGAGCGGUGCUGAUGCUGAGGCGUGUGGACCGCUGUGCCUGUCCGGAUCUCCAUGUCGGACCGGUUUCAUGUUACCCAGAUGUUGUAGUUAUAAAUAAUCCAGAUCGUGCAUGUGAUCAAACUUAAGAUGUGAGAUGACAGAGAUGCAAAGAAUAAGCUUUUAAUGGCGGCUUUUGGCGUCUACCGCAUGCACCGAGCAUCAGCAUGAAUUUAAGAACAUUUGUUUCAUAAGAAUACUUUCAUGCCUUCGGAUCUUACCGCAUAUUUCUGAGAAGCUCGGAAAACAAAGUCACCUGCAGGAGGAGGAUGGAGAUCUGCUGCAACUGAGGCUGUGUUCAAUAUUGAACUCUCUAAACAUGGAGUCAGUCACCAUCAUCCACCUACAUGUAUGACCAUGAUCGGAGCAUCCAGUCUUUCAGGUGACACCUUGAUUGCGUGCCACUUCCCUGUUGUUCAGCUUCCCACUUGGCGCCUUCCCGUCCAGGCCUUAUGCGGCUCAGCGAAGAGGCCCAGCCGUCUGUGCUCGGUGGGACUGACCCGAGCCGUUUCCCUCCCGGAACAAGACUCACUGAACCGAGAGCAUGCCUUCAAUGGAGGGAAAAGACAUUUCUCCAGCAGCUACAGCAGUCUCACUGAAGACCGAACUGAAGAUGAGGGGACGAGUGAUAGCAGCGGCAGGUACGACUCAUCUUCACCGGAGGAGAACAGCUCCCAAAUGAAGAAGGAAAGCUGCGAGGGUAAAGUGAGUCUGCGCUCACACAACUCAUUCCUUCCCAAUACAGAAAUGGACGAGGAAGAGGAGGAUGAGGACAGUGAUGGGGAUAAUCUACACAGAUAUCAUGAGGACUCCUCUUUUGUGUUGCACGGUAACUCAAACUGGCCUGUCAAUAAUGGUUCAAGAGAUUUUAUUGGUGACAUGGACAGUGAAUGGGAAAAUGAAGGGACAAUAUUUAGUUCUGAGCCUGACCAAGAAUGGCUUUCAAACCAGCCAAACCAGCUUGACUCACUACAAACCAAGUGCCAGUGCUUUCCAAUGAGAUCUGGCAUAAUAGCUUGUGGGGAGCAGGUUUCAGCCAGACUGAAGGAUAAUAUGUCCUGCCUCAUCCACAGCCAACACAAAUGUUCCCCAGAGCUGUUCUCCAACAGCGACUCUUCCUGCAACAGUUCUGACGGAGUCCUGGUUAACUUCUGCACCAUGUACAACAGAAGCAACAACCCUGCCACACCUCAUGAUCUCAGCAGCCCUGCAAUGGAACCGUCAGCUGAAGGAUCUGUGUUCCUCAACCUCCAUCCUGUUCCUCAGACUCCGACUGACCUCAAACAUGAUGAUGUCUCUGCCCACUCUCCCCUGAAAGACGAUGCUAUCCCUUCCUGGUCUCCUCAGGGCCUCGACUCCAACUGCAAUCUUUACUCCCUGGAGCCUGUGCCUCCAGGUCUGUCCUCUCUGGAGGUCUCAGACCUGACUGCAUGCCUUCAAAGCCAGGCGACGCUUGCCAUCGGGACCAACCAGAAGUACUACAAACUAGUGACAUGUGACCUGUCCUCUCAGUCUCCCAGCCCGGCCUGGUCCAGUCUCACCAGCUGCCCAGAGGGUCAGAGCAGGAGCAGCCCCCCACCUCAGUCUGACACAGAUAGACAACAGAAAGACAAACUGAAGCAUCAGGAGAGAGAGGAUCAACAUAAGGAAAGGAGGUUCUCCUCAGCUCAUUGCAGCUCUGGGUUUGACUGCUCCCAGUUUCAAAACGAUGAUGAUGAUCAGCUUGCCAACAUCUCGACUGAGAAAGCCCUCUACAGGAAGAAACACACAGAAAGCGUCCAUAACGUCUCCCACGUGGCCUGUUCGCUGUGCCCCAGUCAGCGUAGCCCACAUAGCAGCAAAUGCCAAGGCAUGAGCAUGGCGUCCACACAGCCAUCUGUGAUGUUGGACCAGGAGCAAAGCAGUAUGGAUCCCACUGAAAAGGGAGCAUGCUCACUGGAAACUCCAGUUAUGCGCUACAGUAAAGCCCAGAGGCCGACCUCACUACCCAUCCAGCCGUUUGUUUUGAUCCCACCGGGGGAGCCUCCGUCCCAGGCCCAGCACCUGGGCUGUCUUCUGGAGCAGUACAUGAACCAAAAAAGCAACAAAGCUGUUAGCUCCCAGCCGAGCUUCAAGUUUAAAGGCAAAAGAAGUCAGUGCUUUUCUAAUCUUCAGCUCUCUCCGAUGGGCAGCCAGUUUCCCAUCUUCCUGGAGGCUCCUUCCAGCUCUGACACAUGCUCGACCUGUUCACCCAGCCCAGAGUGCUUCAGCUACCGACGCACAUGGAGCCAGUCCAGCAGAGGCCAGACCCGCAUGAGUCCAUCACACUCCAACCCAAACGUCAAAGUGGACCAAGACAAAACAAGCCCAUACUCAGGCAAAAAUCUGCUCUCAGCACCAAAUCCGUGUGGUCUGGUUAAGAUCCCCACCUACCAGAACCUGAUUCACCUGACCCCUGAGCAGAGUCAUCCACACACUGAACUAAAUAAAUCACCCAGUCACUCCCAGACCGACAGUCCCCACCUUUCAGCAUUCUCUCACACACCACCCACUUUAACCCUAACAGCUGACACCCAUCAGCCCAACCUGCAGGUGUCCCUCACCCCGCCCACACCUGAACAAACUCAAAAUAAACUGCCACAUUAUCGAGCCGCACCUGUGACCGACUCUGGCUUUUUUCACAGUAGCUUCACAGCUGCCCUCUCAUCUGUCGCUCCGCUCUCCUCAUUGAGCUCCCUGUUCUCUCUGGCUGCUUCUGGGCUGCAAAUCCAGGACUCUGCUGGAUUCAGUGGGAAGCAGAGUCAGAGUCAGCACAGUGAAUCUCUGAUCCUGAGUGACAGGCCGCCCACGGAGUUCUGCCUCUCGCCUGAUACAUCAUACGAGUCCAUGUCUAUCAGUCACCUGCAGCGAAGAGGUUUGCUGCGGGCUGUUAGCAGGGCAGUGGAUUUGAUCAUGGCUCAUUUUGGCAGCAGCCGAGAUCCUGAAGAAAAGAUGCGGUUGGGUAAUAGUUCUCGAAGUCCCACAAUUGCUGGUCUGGUGCUGGAGCAUUUGUGUCCCACGAUACAGAAUAUUUUAGAGGACGGUCUUCGGGAUCACAAACUGGAUCUGAUCAUCGGGCAGCGUCGUAAUCACUCCUGGAGGGUUGUGGAGGUCUCUACUAGGAUAGGUCCAUCCACCAGAGUCCUUCACAGCCUCGUCACUAAAAUCAGACAGUGUCCUCAGCUCACCAGCCACUGUAUGAGACUGAGAGCCUUCAUCAUGGGUCUGCUGAACCUAAGAGCUUUGGAAUUCUGGCUCAGUCAUCUUCAGAGUCAAAAAGACAUCAUAACGACAUACUACCACUCCUGGGGCUUCCUGUCCAUGUCGCUGGGCCGGUGUCAGCCCUUGUUUCAGGAGUUGCUGCUUCUGCUUCAGCCUCUUUCUGUGCUGCCAUUCGACCUCAACUUGCUACUGGAGCCUCGAAUGUUACGUAACAGACAGCUGUGUCCUGAGGAGACGGGUGUUUGUCCACCUCCGCCCUGCUCAGCCCUGUUAGUGACCAGCUGGCCUCUCCUGCAGGCUGACAGGAAGGCCCACAGCACCCAGCAGACCAAGAGCUCCCUCCACAUAGGUCCUCACUGUCAAAGGUCUCCUGGGCCUCAAAGUCCGAGAGACCUCCAGCAGGACGGACAAGAGACGUAUGCCAACAGGAGUCCGUUCUCAGCUCCUUCUGUUGGGUGGUUGCCUGCAGAGUCGUCCCUUCUGGAUGGUGUGGUGGAAGGUGAGGACUGCAGCCAGAAUAAUGGAGAUAACUGGUCCCAGAUAAGUAUGGACAGCAGGCAGGACGAGAGGAUGGAGCAGAGGGACACAGAUGUCCAGGUCAGUCCUGGUCAGGGGGGGAUGCGCUGGGCCAAACUGUUUGGAGCUGCUGAUUCGUCCACUAGUACAGACACAGUGUCUCAGAGUCGAACUGGAGCUCAAACCAGAAGGUACAACAAACGACCGUCACAGUGGCUUCACUUGGACCGAUCACAGCUGGGACUGUUGGCUCAGUCCAUCAGGUCAAUGACGCUAGGAGGAGCUCAGGCUGAUAAAAGCCAGGACUGAUAAAACAAAACCUCUAAGUGUGGAGGACAGAGCGGAGACAUUUUACUGUAGCGACAAGAUGUCAGAACUGCAUGAUAACAUUCUUCUUCUUUCCAAAUAUAACGCUUCCACACGCUGCUGCCCUGAUCACAAAGCACACAAUGACAAGAGUUCACGUCAACAGCCUCCCUCGCUCAUCAUUAUGCUCAGAUUUGAUCGUAAAAUGUUCUAUCUGCAAACUUGUUAUUUAUCCACUCAAGGCUGUCCUCGAAGACUGUGAUGAAGCACAAAAAUUCUUCUACCACAAAAAAACAGACUUUUAAGAUGUAGUUUGAUACUUUUUGUGAAUAAUAGAUACACAUAUAUGUGACAAAUUAUACAAAUUUGAGAUGCACAGGCUUUUUAUGAAGGUACGACUUGCAGUCCAGAUGUCAUGCAGUCCUUUUUGUACUAAUUGUGGAGAAGAUUUAACUCCACAUGCAGUUAUCAGUCAGUAAACAUGUAUGAGCUCAAGCAUCAUUUCCAAAUCCGAUUCAGCGUCCAGUUUCACAAAGACAGAUUCUGAUCUUGGCAUAGUCAGAUUUCACAUACUAUAGGUGUCUAUGUGCUUAUUUACUUUAAUUUGCUUUAAAUUACGGGUAUAUCAUAGCUUAUUCACUGUAAAAGCAGAGCCAAUUAUCAAACCAGUUAAUCCUGUUCAGGUCAAUUCAGCAGAAAAAUACAAUAAAAUAAAUAAAUACAUAAGGCCUAAAAUAAUGUAAUCAACAGGUUCCUACUGUCUCUAAAACGGGUCUCUUUCUCU